UUCUGUCAUCCUUAAGAGUGGCCUUGUAGGAUUAAUCUCAAUUAAUAACAUAAAAAAAUGGUUUAUGUUUUCUCUUUGCAGGGCGUUGUGAGAAGAAAAACACAGCUUAAAAACGAGUGGAGCGUUAAGAACCAUAACUCUCGAGUAACGGAAUGUGUUAUUCUCCUGUCAACUUUUCGAGUGCGUACCGACUAUGUGAAUCAACAAUGACAAAACUGGUCACAAAAAGCAACCGCUAGCAUAUUGUUCGAAAGGUUCAUACAAUGUUGGAGGGGUGUGUAUAUAGAUGGUAAAAAUAACAAAGAGUAUUGUGGGGUUACCAGUACAAAACACUCAAACAAACUGAGACUUGCUAAGAAAAGCAUAGAUGUGAUAGCAUAGAAGCUUGUGUCCAUUCGUUGGAAAUCAUCUGAACGAUUCGUGCAUAUAAUGACAGUGUGUGUGUGUUUUUCGAAGGAUUAAAAUAGCCUACUGUUUACAAAAAUAAUACUUGAUGUUAAAGGCGAAGGUGUAAAACAACCUGAUAAGAACUGUUAAGAAAAAUUUGGUUACUUUAACAAUGAGUUGUUGUUAAAAGUUACAAAGAUGUGUCCUGUUCUAGUAUUGCUUCCAAAUUGCUCAUAAUGGCGUAUUUUAAAGACAUGAAUAUAAAUGUUACGUGAUGUCGUUUGCUAAUGAGCAAACAAGGUGCAGAGUACCAAAACAUAGCAUCCAAACUUCACAAAAACUCACGUUAUUUCAAACGAUUUGAUAUGCUAUCUUCUAAAAACCUCCUGUUAAAUAAUAAUCUUAUGAUGCUGUCUACCAACAGAAUGGAGUUGACCGAAGAACAACAUUGGUACUUCUUAAAACCUAGUGAGUUUUUCGUGAUAUAACUCCUGUAUAGAGCUUCUGGGUUUCGCUUGGAUUUACAACCAUGAGUGCUGCCAUUCUUGUAUCGCAAACAUGGCAGCCGACAGUUCUUCAACUGAUGCCUUUCUCCAGCAACAAUGCGUCUGCUGUGGGAAACCGGUCUGACUCAGGUGGAAAAAACAGAGAUUUUCCAACAUUGGCAGUAACGCGUUCCCAUGAUGACUGGGUGGCUCACAUACAAUCCUCUUCCAGAGUUCAGAGAGCUACCUCGGAGCGCAUGCCAAGGUCGCAUUACAACCAGCUGACAGGAAGGCAGAACUACUCGAAACGUGCACAGUCAGAGUACAAAGUUAGAGAAAAACAUAAAUCAGAAGCUGUUUUGGAGAAGACUUGUUCUGUGAAUGACAUAAACAACAAGAUCGUACAUACUACUACUACUGCACACCGGGAGAGAGAUUCUCCCAAACCCAAAGUGCUGCACAGUGCGGCGACAGUAUCGCUGACGGAGAUUCACGGAUUGUCCAAGCCUCUCCAAAACCACGCCCCUCAGAAGACGUGGGACGGUCACUACUAUCUUCCUCAGAACGGGUUCUGGAGAGCGAUGACGCUCACGCCGGGGGAGCUGGAUCUUCAGAAACACCGCGAGGUGAUGAACCGAGAGCAGGUGAAGAGGACGAAGAAGUUGAAGAUGAAUAUCAACCAGCUGCCGAGGAGCAACACGCCCAUCAACGACAACGAUCCAGACAAGCUGAACAUGCAACAGGUGAUACAGUUCUUGAAAAACCACAAUGACGGUAGCGAUGAUGCAAAGGCGAAUCCUAUGGACAGGAGUAAAUAUGACAGGGAUAAGGAAUACUUUCUUAGGAAAAGAGGAUGUGCUUCUGCGUCAGUUGAAAUUGCAACGAGACAGUUACGAAAUGGUAUUCAGACUAAAAGCACGGACGGUAUGAUCCCACGGUAUUUACGUGAAGCGACGAUGGCAUCGACCAGGAGCUCGCCUCUUCUUCGAGAUCGCGCGAUCAAGCAGGCGAAUGGACAGACCGAGUGGAAACCUGUUUCGGAGGGCGAGUCUGUUCUCGUGUCAGGUGGAUCCAAUAAGCCUUUCAGACUCCAUCGUUUCCUAAAAAUGACGCCGACUUGUGAAUCAAACAAUGCGAUGAUGAACAGAGCUUACACUCAAGUGCCUUGUUCUCAUACUCUAAAAACCUUGGAGAUCAGUGAUCAGAUACAUAUGCCAAAGGCAAAGCAUGAUUUGCAUAGAUUUGAUCCACCGACGACUCAUCAUAAAAGUAUUCCUACUGCCGACAGACAUUGCAGAAUGGCCUAUCGUCUGCCUUCCAAAAGACCUAGUGCAAAGCCUGCGUACAGAAGUAACGAAAUGGGUCGCAUCGCAGUGGGUUGUGCUGUGUCCACCGAAUGUAACCAAUCGGUCGGUAGUGAUGGGGCGAUUAUAAGAUUACCGAGCAUGCAUGAUUUCAAAAACGAUUCAGACAACGAAAGUGAUGACGACGACAAUUAUAAACAGACUCGUGCGGAGACAAAAUCUGAAAUCGUUCACCAUAACACUAAUCAAGGCACUGGAAUCCCGACAGUUCAUGCCAGUAAAGUCGCCUUUGUGGAACCUUACAAGCCGACCUUUAAAACAGAUUCGGGUUUUCGCUGUCAGGCAGAGGCGAAGCCAUCGUUAAAGAAACUAUACGUUAGUGUUCCGCGCGAAUCGCACGCGGCAGACGUGAAUGUGAGUAAACACUCGUCUGCUGCUGGGUGUGUUAAAAUCUGCCUCCGUAAAGAGAGGGGACUAACAAGGGAGAGUACCUACAUGUCCGAUUUAGACAGAGCGAAAUACGUGCUCGCAGACAGUAGCAGCGAGAGUCGGGAAUCGUCUAAUAAAAAGACAUCUUCCCUUAGUGUGGAAAAUAAGACGGAAAAAGAUGACGAUGACAUUAGUUCCAGGACCUCAUAGCAUAAUGUGAUUCUUAACAAAUUCAGUAAUUAUAGAGUCUGGUACAAUUGUACUAAUAGUGAUUGAAGCGGAGCAUGUCAAGAGGGUGCGCAAGCCCCAUUGGGUAGUUUUCCACUAGAAGUUACAAAAAAGACAUCAGGAUUAUUUCCGAGCUCAUCACGUUAUGUAGUAGGAAUAGCAGUUAUUUAUCGAUGACAUCAACAAGCGUUUGCCAGAGGUAGGACUAUAUUAGACAUGUCCACCCAGGGGGAAAUUUAAAGAGAAAGUUUGAGUGAGUAGGAAAUAAUGUUAUUCAAGUAUACAGUAACUCUAAAUAGUUCCCCAAAUAGAUUACUUUUCUGUGCCAAUUUAGCAUAUUUGUUUUCCUCCAUACCGAUCUAAAGUUAUUAAAAUACAAAUAUGGUAUUUCGUCAAAUUUUUUUAAAUGAAAUUUAUAUAAACUGAAGAUACACCUAUUAUUUACUUAUACAUGUAUUUACAAAUGGCAUUUUACGUUUUAUCAAGAAAAAAAACUCUAUUGACUCUACUGUCAAUCGUGAUUCGCUCAGUACAGAUGUGUUGAAAUAUAAACACAAAUAAAUUAUACUGAACUGUG